GAUCUUUGCAUGAAUGGAAUGAAACAACUGACACUCCUAGGUACGAGUGGGAAAGAGAAAUUUAGGGCUGGAUCGAUCCGCUAGCGUGAAAGGGGUGGGCAAUCCUGGGAAUUUUCUGGGAAUCGCUGGCGCAGGCCAGGGGAAUCUUCGCAGUAUCUCAGUGGGCGCGCUGCGAUCGAUCAGCAAAGUCUGCGGGAGGAGAUUGCGCUUAUCAAUCACGGGCAUCGUUAGGUCAGCGCGCAGAGUUCCUCUCCUUUUUCCUUCAUUAUCCCGCUCGACCAAACUCUCUGGGUAUUGGGGCGGCUUUUUUCUUCCAUCUUUACAGCCCAUCGAUCGAUCGAUGUGUCUCUUUCCUCACAUUCUUACUGGGGUGGAGGCAGAGGAAUUUCUUACCCAAAGCAAGCGAUAAAAGAGUCAUUCAAUUCUUUCUUCAUUCCUCCAUUCUUCGCUCUAGUUCUUAAAGUUCUCUCUUUUUUUUCGUUCUCUCGAUCGCCCAGAGCCCAAUUCAAGAUGGAUUGGAACUCGGCAUUCAAGGACCUUGAUGGCGUUGAUCUCAUCCCAGGGCUGCCCGAUCAUUUGGUGAUACAGCGCGUCCUCUCUCGGAUCUCCUGGUGGGAUUUCUCCUCGGCGAUCAGGGUUAGCAGAGGAUGGCUCGCAGCGAUCCAGGAAACCGCCAAGAACGCCACUGCCUCUCUCGAUCGCCGCCCCCGGCUGCUGGGCUGCAUUCAUCCGGCCUCUUCCAAGCGACCCAAGCGCGAUCAACAAUCCCGCGGCUAUCCAUUCUUCGCGAUCUCCAUCCAGGCGCCGGGGCACUCCAGCGGCUGGGAGAUUCUUCCGUCAAUCCCGGGGCUCUCUUGCGGCGCGCCACUCUCCGGGCGAUGCGUGUGCGUGGAUUCCAAGCUCUUCGUGCUCGGCGGCCGCGAUCCUCGCAGCUGGGAGUUUCUUCCGGACGUGUUUGUACUGGAUUUGACCCGAGGAUGUGGUCGACGAACCUGGCAAAGAUGCGCGCCAAUGGCAACUCCCCGGUCGGCAUUCGCGUGUAUCGCGGUCGGGGGGAAGAUCGUGGUUGCCGGUGGACAGGGCGACGAGGUUCUCACACUCGCGAGCGCUGAGAUUUACGAUGUUUGCGCCAAUCGCUGGGAACCUCUCCCAGAUCUAAACGUCCCAAGAACAGAGUGCAAUGGGGGCGUGAUUGGCGGGCGGAUUUGCGUCGUGGGUGGAUACAGCAGCGUCGAGAAAUCGUGCGAGCUUGACGACGAUCAAUCUACCUUUUGGGUCAGCUCCGCCGACGCGAUAUCGAUUGGAGCCAAGAGCUGGGAGACGAUCGAGGAUUUCCAGACGCCGGGGAUUCUUCCUGGAUAUUCUUGGGAGAUCCAGUCCGGGAUCUUGCAGUCGGUGCAUAGAUCGGUGCUAGGGGGGCUCCUGAAUCGAUGCUCGAGCAAUCAGUGGAGGACGAUCGAUGGCAAAAUUGCGUGCUCCGACCGUCCGGGCGAGGAUGGGAAUGCCACGGCGGAGCUCAUGGUAUUGGCGGCUGCGUGUGGGAAGGAUCAGGUGUACGCGUGCUCGUGCUCGUUGGAUCCUUUGAAUCCCUCCGGGAGGGUCAAAGUUCUCUUGUGUCGAGCUGCGAGUGGAGGUGAGCUUGUCAAAUGGGACAGGGUCGAGUGCCCGUUUGAGCUUGCACAAUAUGGGGCGUCAUGUUUCCUCAUUCAUUAGAUUCACAUUAUUUUAGUGAUUACUUAUUUCUUUAAUAUGAUUUUCAAUUCUA